UUUCUGUGAGUACUAUGUAACUUAUAACUGGCAUAACUGAUAAAGGAAGGAAGGGGGUGGUGGUUCAAAUAUAGACCAGGAAUGGCAAAACCAGGAUGAUUAAUUAAAUCCUCUUUCCUUAAUAAUAAUGCUUUUCAUUACACUGAUUUGAAUUGUCAAACAUGUCAUUCAGGUUCACCAAUGUUGUUGCAAGGUGGCCUGGAGGAAGCCAUGACUCUAUGAUACUGGCCAACAGCCUUUUGGGACAGACAUUUGAGUCCUCUCCUCCAACUGGAUGGCUUUUAGGAGAUUCUGGAUAUGCAUGCAGGCCCUGGCUCCUAACACCAGUAGGUGAUGCCACUACAAGGCCACAACAAAGGUACAACGGUGCCCACAUGAAGACCAGAAACACCAUUGAAAGGGCACAACAAAGGUACAACGGUGCCCACAUGAACACCAGAAACACCAUUGAAAGGGCAUUUGGUGUUUUGAAAUCAAGAUUCAGAUGCCUACACAAAUCAUCCGGGUGCCUUCAAUUUACCCCCAAAAAAUGUGCACAAAUUAUUAUGGUAGCAUUUAAGCUACAUAAUUUCUGUGUAGAAUCUCGGCUGGCCAAUCCACAUGCUCUGGAGAAAGAAACUGUCCCAGAAAUGAAUUACACGUAUCAGGGACCUCUGAAUGAUGGCCACAGGAUGAGGAAGGAGUUAAUCCAGAAAAAAUUUGCAUAAAUGUCAAAUGUAAUAAUCUGACAUUUCCAAAUGUACAUCAUAUAAUAGUCUUGUUACAGUACUUGAAUAUGAUGUAUUUGAUUCUGAUAGAUGAUGAAGUAAACUCUGUUAAAAAAACAGAUAAGACAGGAAAUGUUGCACCAUAAUAUCAACAUUUAUUGUUAGUGUAGUGAUGAGGUGCUGUAUUAUCUAUUUACAUAUUCAAAUAGAGAGCAAUAUACCGGUAACAAAGACUUCAACUUGGAAGACCAGUUAAUCUUACCAUGACGUGCACUUGGAUUUAACAUAUUGUAUUUUUUUCUAGGGUAUCUGAUAUCUGGCAUUAUUAACAACUGAAACCAGUAUAUAGUUACACGUUUAACUGCUAAUAUGCAUUAAAUGACAUCAUUAAAAGAGAUAUUGAUUUUAUUGUCAAAUAAUAAAUGUAUCUAAUCUGAAAUCUAAGUGAACUUAAUCAUGGGGGACAAUGUGAAAGGGGAAGUUAGGGAUUUGUUUUUCAUCAAAAUUAACAUCUCCUCAUCAAUGGCCAAUCUCUUUUCCUCAACAGCCUGUCGCCUCUCUUCAAUGGCCAGUCUCUUCCUCUCAAUGUCCAACAUCUCGUGCAGCACCUGUAGUUUCUCUCUCUCGAGAUCCACAACGGUUUGGAACUUUGGAGAUUUUACUAUUUAACAUAAGUAAUUAAGAAUCCAUUUAAGUAAUUGUUGUUAUAAUACAGACAAUGCAAUUAAAAGUUGCUGAUAUAUCUCACUACUGUUAUAAAAUACUACAUUAAAAUUGUUCAUAGAGAAUCAUUACAUAAAUACAAUUGUGAAAAUGGAAAUGUUUAACAAACAUAAUAUGUUUACGGUACCUGCGGCUAUUCUCUUAACUGCUGUCUUCUGUAUGAAUCCUAGGAAAUGAAGAAACAUCCAUACUUUUAUGGACAGAAGCAUAAACAUUGAUCAGCAAGAAAUGAGUACUGUUCAGAAAAUUAAUAUUGUCCACAACAAAUAAGAAAUAUGUUACCAUUAUGAAACAAUUUGGUAUGUUACAUUACUGAACAAAAUGAAAUGUACAAUGUAAGUAUAAUAUGUUGAUUUUAAUCACCUGUGGGUGAAGCUACCACUGAUUGAGAGCUUUCUGUCUCAAUAGGGUCCUGACAGUCAUGGACAUCAAAGGUGCUGGGGACAUCUACAAGAAAGUAAAACUUUAAACUUGUUAUUCACAACAAGAAAUUGGGCAACAAUUAAUGAUUUACAUUAGACGUUAAUUGGGUUAAUUUGAUGUGAGUAUCCAGUUGUUUCAAAAAUUGAUUUGCAUUUUCCAAUGAAACAGUUAAAAUAUUUUUUGCACUUACCGCCACACAAACCACUCUCAAGGCCACCAGGAAUGCCAUCGAUCUGGCAGGUAGGUAUCAAGCAUAUAACCUAAAAAUAUAAAUUGAUGUAAUAUUGUAAAUCAGCGGGCAUUAAUUUUUAUCUGAAAUAAAUGAAAUUUUACCAAUUAUAAAAUCAUUACACAAGGCUAUUUUCUUAAUUUUUGAAUGGAUGUAGGAAGCUUUAAAAACAUAAUAAUAUCAACCAGCAUUUUACUUGCCUUGACAUAUUUGCACUAUUGCUAUAGUAUUAAUCUUUGAUCAAACUUAAAAAUUCAUUACCAUGCUUUUAUAGUGUAUAUAUAAAAUAUGGAUAUAUACUAGGGCUGUU